GCUGCCAUGUGUGGCACACUAUGCGAGCGGACGAGGAGGCAGCGAAUCUUACCAACUUGCAACCUUGGACGUUUAUCGCUAUUCACGUAGCAGCCGUCAACAUCAUGAAGAACGGAACUGAGCUUCUCGGGAAGGCGGCGUCACUUUGUGAAAGGACAAAAAUAGGAGUGCCCGGCAGGCCACAAGGCAUCAAUGCAACUGCUAAGGAAGACUCGAUUGAAAUCCGCUGGGAACCACCAGAUGUGCCGAAUGGAGAUCUAUCUCGAUACAAAGUUGACCUCUGCAGCGAGAACGAAAGCAGUGGAAUGAAGUGCGAAACCCGACCUGUUCUUGGAGGCAAAACCAGCACUCUGUUCCGAGGCUUGACACCAUGGACCGAGUACACGAUAUCAGUAGUGGCUCAGAAUAUCGAAGGCAACGUCCUGCUCGAAAGCGAGUCAGUUAACACAACUGUGAAAACGGCUCCUGCUGCCCCCUCCAAGCCUCAGAAAUUGAAAACAGAUGAACUGGAGCAUUCAAUCAACGUCGCUUGGGAUGUGCCCAAAUUUCCACGGGGACCAGUGGAUGGCUAUAACGUAUCGUGGAUCAUCGAAGACUGGCUUGGCCGCGUAACGGCAGUGGGAUCGCUGGUUACUAACAACAGGACAUGCCAACUUCCAACAUGGAAACCGUACUCAAAUUACACGCUGUCUGUGAGAGCGUUUCAUCAAAUUGGGGAUGCUGAGCCACUGUAUGGUGAUGCUGCGCUGACGGCUUUCAAGACUGCUGUGGACGCUCCUGAUAAAGCGAAGGUGGACAUCAGUGUGGGGUCACGAUCAGCUGCGAUUUUUCUUAGCGUGGCGGGCUCUCCAAACGGGCCCCUGGACGGUUUUGCCUGGUGUAACUACGCUACGUACCAGUCCAUCAGCGGCAAAAACGAAAGCCAAGAACUCUGCGCGAAUGAAUCACGGACAACGCAGCGGCUCCUUCUUCUGGAAGAUCUAAAGCCCUGGACCUCAUAUACGUUUGCAGCACGCGCCUAUAAUCUCGAUUCAAAUGGAACUUCGAUGGAAGGGCCAGAGGCAUGCAUUUACUACACGACAGAAGAGGACGCACCUUCGACUCCUAGGAACUUUUCGGUGGCUCGUUUUGAGUCUAGGUCCCUUAUCCUCAACUGGUCGGAGCCGCAGGAGAAAAACGGAGAACUCGAGGGUUACAUCCUCACUUGGAGCCUUAGUGCCGACGGCCGUGAAAUCAACCGUACGGAUAUCAGCCCGAGGAGUACAAAGAUAUCCUCACUGGAACCGUACACCGAGUAUACACUGCAACUGCGCGCUUAUAAUAAGCACAAGACGAAGCGCUUUGAGGGUCCUCCAGUUCGCAUCCACGCUCGCACACUGCCCGAAGCACCCGGGCCUAUUGUGGACUUGGACUUGGUGGCCUUCAAGAACAACACUGUGCACCUCACCUGGCGUCCUCCCCUUCAAAAAAGAGGAGAGCUUCAGAGUUACGUGGUCAUCUACAACGCCACUAAGCCAGGCAAACCAACUUUAACGAAUGUUCCGAGUGAAUUGCUGCCGGUUGCGAGUGUAUGCCAUGGAAUGCCUGCUGUCUGCACCUUCGACGUGGAGGAACUGCCCGCCGAAUACGUUUACACCUUCGACGUGCGUGGCAUCAACGUUAACGUCAGCGCUUGGGGCGAUGCGCUGGAGUCGCCAAUCCAGGUGGAGGUUCCAGCUGGAGACCCACCGCCUCCGAAGAAUGUGUCAAUGGUAGCCGGAGACUGUCCGUCUGCGCCGGAGCCGGACACCCAGAAGAAGUUCAUGAUUUCCAAUGACAUGUUUGAUGACAUAAACGGCGAUAUCAGACGUUACGACGUGGUCAUUGGAUCUGCCGAACUCAUCGAUAAAGACGUUGAAAGUGGCAUUAUGUGGAAAGAAGUUUCCCGAAAUCAGCCUACUCCACCACAUGUGAUUACACCACAAGACUGGAACCCUUUCGCCAAGGAGAACCAUGACCAGGAUCCGCUGAACUGUGAGCCACUGCGAGGCCGAGAAGGGACAAUGAUAUGCACCAUCGGCAGUGAAAUUUGCGACGACAACCGGGAGGUCCCCUGCAAUGGGCCUCUUAGAGGGGGAGCAGAGUACGCAAUGUACGUGAUCGGGUACACAAAAGGCGGUAGUCGUGCCAGCUCUCCUGAAGUCUUCGUUACAGCACUUCCAGAAGAGCCCAGUUCCGCGGGAGCGAUCGCAGGUGGAAUUCUGACUGCCAUCGUUAUAAUGGCCGCCAUCCUGGCCGUAUUUGUGAUUCACAGGCGGCGGCUGGCACGGCAGAAGCAAGCGAACUCGAAGAGGGCAUCUGCUGACGCAGGCAACAUGAACAAUUCCCUCGUGCAUUUGGUACAGAUGUCCGACGUCAACGGGUCGGGAACAAAGCCCAGCCUUCCUGCGGUGCAAGACGAGCAGAUCGAAAUGGAGCACCACGUCAUUAAAGACAUAAACAAGCCAAUACCCAAGAUAGAGUUCAGGAGCCACCUAGCGAUGAUGAUGAAGGAUUCAGCCUACAGGUUUGCUGACGAGUACGAGAGGUUAGUCGAGCUAAGCCCGCAGUAUCCUUCUGACGUUGCAAGGCAUCCAGCGAACAGCAAAAAGAACCGGUUCACAAAUAUACAUCCAUUCGACAGGUCUAGGGUGCCGUUGUCCGUUGUUGGUGAGGACGAACAGUCAUCGUACAUCAACGCAAGUUUUGUGAAGGGUUGCAAUUCGGAUCGAGAGUACAUCGCUGCCCAGGACCUAACGCCCUCACGGUCAACGACUUCUGGCGAAUGAUCUGGGAGCAUGACGUAAAAAUAAUCAUCAUGCUCACGCAGUUUGUUGAAGGGAACAAGAAAAAGUGUGAAAAGUAUUGGCCUGAUGACAACAAAGAACACGCUUACGGAUGCGUGCAAGUGCGCAAGGACUCAACGACACCAAGAGAUGACUUCAUCUUGACUGAAUUCCGAAUAAAAUCUGACGACUCUAGCAAAUGGCGUAGCCUACGCCACGUGUUUUUCACGGCGUGGAAGGAUCACGGAACACCGGAGAAACCAGAG